CUCUUCUACUUAAUACUAGAAUCCUCCCAGAUUAUUUUUUUUUUUUUUUUCAUGAGGGCUUGUGGAGUUUUUUUUGGGAUACACAAUGAUUUAAAAAUCCUCACAAUUUUAUUAUUACUCGCAGUGCUAUAAAUCCCAAGCUGUGGAUCCAAGAGGCUUUUACACUUGGGAAAUGCACACAACAUGGAUUAAUGGCAGAGUUGGAGAAUGCUAACUCGACCAGGUCACAUCAUAUGCUUGCCCAAUUUAAUAUUCAGCUAAUCCAUUGGCUGUUAUUUCCAUGAAUCAUGGAGUUGUUAAGGUUGGAGAAGCCCUCCAAGGUCACUGAGUCCAACCAUUCCCCAGCAGUACCACCACUAACAUGUCCCCAGGUACCACUUCCACAUGUUUUAAAUCCCUCCAGAUUCAUGGUGAUUCCAGCACUGCUUUCAGUAAAAUGUGCCAGGGCUGGACCACCCUGUGAGUGAAGAAAUUUUUCCUCAAAUACAUUCUAAACUUCACCUGACAGGACGGGAUUAAUUUCUCCUCUGAGCAUUCUCUGAGCAUCCACACCUCCCUCCUCCAGCCCCAAGAGCCCUUGAGCUGGGAGAUUUCCUUGGAGACGGUGGAGGAGGUCUGCGUAAACAGGGAAUUAAGCCCUGGAGGAGGGAGAUUUCCUUGGAGAGGUUUGAGGAAAGUUACUUAAACAGUAUUUUUUCUCUCUGCUUGCUGGGUUGUCUGUGCACCCUUCAGUGCUCACACUACCUCCAAGCAGCUCUAAAACAGGCAGGAAAAGCCAGGAUAUGCUUGGUGAUAUAAGAAAGCAAGGAAUUAAAUUAGGUGGGAUUUAAAAAGGCACCUCCUAAGGAAGUGUUGGAAGCUUUUCAGAAGCUGUUCUAUGUUCUUUAAAGCCUCUACCAGGAAAAGGAGGUGUUGGGGACAUAAAAUCUUACAGUUCUUACACAACAUUAGAUCUCCAAACACAGAGGAGGCUCUGCACUGCACAUUGCUCAGUAGAUUGGUAAAGAAAACUCCAGCAUGAAGGAAUUCAUCCUCCUGGGCCUCUCAGAGAACCAAGGAGUGCAGAAAAUAUAUUUUGUGGUGUUCCUGAUUUUCUACAUUCUCACAGUGUCAGGAAAUCUCCUCAUAGUUCUCACUGUGAAGAGCAGCCAGCACCUGAACUGCCCCAUGUACUUCUUUCUCUGCCACCUGUCCUUUGUAGAUGUUUGUUACUCCUCUGUCACAGCUCCCCAAAUGAUUUCUGGCUUCAUGGUGGAAAAUAACACCAUUUCCUUUGCAGGCUGCAUAGGGCAGCUCUUUGGGCUUCAUUUUUUUGGCUGCACAGAGACUUUCAUCCUGACAGCCAUGGCCUACGACCGCUACGUGGCCAUCUGCCGGCCCCUGCACUACCCCGUGCUCAUGUCCCACUGCCUGUGUGGCCGUAUGGUGGGGGUCUCCUGGGCAGGGGGCUUCCUGCAUUCCACUCUCCAGACCCUGCCCACAGCAUUUCUCCCUUUCUGUGGUCCAAACAAAGUCCCCCACUACUUCUGUGAUGUCCGUCCCCUGCUCCGCCUGGCCUGUGCCGACACGCGUGCCGAGGGCCUGGCCGCGGUGGCCAACAGCGGAGUCAUAUCCCUGAGCUGCUUCCUCAUCCUGGUCACGUCCUAUGUGGUCAUCCUGGUUUCCCUGAGGGGCCAAACACUGGUGGGGUGGCACAAGGUCCUGUCCACGUGUGGGUCCCACAUCACUGUGGUGAUCCUGUUCCUUGGGCCCAGCACUUUUGUUUACAUCCGCCCGUCCGGUGACCUGUCCGAGGACAGGAGUGUGGCCUUGUUCUACACGCUCAUCCCACCCAUGCUCAAUCCCCUCAUCUACACCCUCCGGAAUAGGGAGGUGAAGGGAGCCAUGAGGAAACUGUGCAGGAGGAGAGUGGGAAGCAAAAAUGGGAAGGGGUAGGGCUGUGGUCAAGUUCCUAAAGGAUCAGAGAAAAUCAAGCAUGUUUUGUUUGCUAUAAUUUCUUCUGUGAGAAUGCCUUAAAACAUGCCUUUCAAAGAAUAGCUGGCUGUUGUCUCCUGCUGUCAUUAGGAAGGCACUAAAAGUUGUUUUUAUGAUGAGAAAAAUAUUGGGAACUCUGUCAUUCCCUUCCUAUUGCUUGUCAAUGAACACAGGCCCAGACCACAGCCUCCUGAGCAACUGCAACAUCAGUGCUUAAAUACUGUUAAAAAUACUGAAAAUGUUAUCCAGGUAGAACAUCCCAUAAAAAAAAAAAACAAACCAAAAAAAACCUGAUAUUAAGAGCUAGUUGGGUGGUUUGCUGAUGAAGGAACAGGAGGGGAAAUUUCUCCCCUUCCUCUCCCACUUCAACAAAUCCUUUCUGCCCUAUUCCAGGGCUGGGAUCAACCUGGU